AAUGAAUCUAAACCAGAUGUUGGUUCAUCUAAGAGAAUACAUUAAGGAUCUCUUACUAAUUCAACUCCUAUUGAUGUUCUUUUUCUCUCUCCUCCUGAUAUUCCUUUUAGCAACUCAUUACCAAUCUAUUGUAAAAUUAUUAAUAUUUACGAGAGUAUUUUAGCAUUUUUCUAAUUUUAAAGUUUUGAUAGCAUAAUUAACUUUUUAGACUUUUUAACUUUCAUCUGUAUAUUUCAAAUUUGCAACAAACUCUAAAGUUUCUUUUACUGUCAGAGUGGCAAAAAGAAUAUCAUUUUACAUCACAUAACCAGAAAAUGUAGCAAACUUUUCGCUAUCAUAAUGAUUUCCAUUUGCCAAAAUAUCUCCUGUAAUUUAAACAUU